UAUCCUCGCUGCAGGCGGGCAGGAGCGAGGAGUGGGAGCAGCAAGCCUCCGGCAGAGCAGCCGGGCUGGCUCUGGUCCCGCGGGACUGGUGCGUCCUGGUGGGUGCUGGGGAGAGGCUGGGUUUGGCUGCCACAGGGAAACACAGUGGAAAGGCACAGGGGCCCCAAGAAAACAAGAAUCAAGGAGUGAAAUGCAGAUUUCCCCUGUUGUAAGUUGGAUUUAACACCUAGGAGGUGGCUCCCUCUGUUUUUGACCACUCCUCGCUUACUCAGCCACAUGGGUGAUCCCUGUGAUUGUGGGCUCAGGAUCCCAAGCAGCUCGGUGGGGGUGAUGGCAAUGUCCUCAUCACUUGGGCUCCUGUGAUGACUAGAAGGGCACAGCGAGCUGGGCAUCUUCGGUCCCAGUGCUGGUGGCACCACUUUUCUUAACGCUGAUGCUUUUUGCUCCCUUCCUCCACCCAUCGCAGCCGGGUGACUGCUCCCAUCCUGUCCCUGCACCCUUCCCUGCAGCCUGGCUGUGGGGCAGCGCCUGGCACCUCUGGGCUGCUCCCCUGCACUGCUGGGCUCGCUUUCUGCUGGCCGGCAAUCCUGGCGGCUCGUGGGUGUCGGGAAGCGCCCAGCCCGGGGCUGCGUGUGGGCGGACGGCCGAGGGGGAUCCCGCCUUGGCCCUGGCUGUGCCCUGCAGCCCGGUGCAGCCAGCUUUAGGGCCCGCGGCUUGGCGGGGGGAGACGUGCCCGUGUGCGGCGGGGCUGGCUGAGCCGGUAGAGCCAGAGCUGCCUGGCAGCCUGCCCACCGCUGCUGCUCAUCCAGGUCAGCCCGGCUGCCCGCCGGCGGGGAGCCGCCUGCCUCAGCAGCGCCUGGGCACGGCGUGCCGGGUCCUGCCAGCAGUGGGGCGUGCCGGGGCUCCUGCGGGCCUUGUGGGGGGAUGCCGGCAGCUGCCGCUCCCGGGAACCUGCUGUGGGAGGGGGCCAGAAAGCAUGGGAGCCACCGACUGCCCCUCAGGAGCCCGGAUGGGACUGGCUGUGCCAGCGUGGCUGGAUGUGGCGGACAUCCCUGCCUCCCAUCAGUGGGCCUGGAGGGUCCCCACGUUACUUUUGGGGAUGGGUGCUGGCUUGCAUGCAUCGCACACCCCGUGGUCCUCCUUGGGCUUCUUGUCCAUUGCCCAAGUGCUGCGGGGAGCAGCGAGGCUUUCGGGUGUGGGAUCUCUCCAUCCGCCUGGAGCCGGGUGGCUGCUCGAGCGGCAGAUGGUGGCUGCCUGGGGACCCGCCAUCCAUCCCUCUGGGCGAUUAUUCACCCGUCACCAUGACGAUAGAAAGGCUGUUCCUCUAAGUCAUUCAAGCUGUACUCGCCAAAGGAGCCCCCGAACGGCAACGCCUUCCCCCCCUUCCACCCAGGCACCAUGCUGGAUCGAGAUGUGGGACCUACUCCCAUGUACCCACCGACGUACUUGGAGCCUGGAAUUGGGAGGCACACGCCGUACGGGAACCAGACUGACUACAGGAUAUUUGAGCUCAACAAGCGGCUGCAGAACUGGACAGAGGAAUGUGACAAUCUGUGGUGGGAUGCCUUCACCACAGAGUUCUUCGAGGAUGAUGCCAUGUUAACAAUCACUUUCUGCUUGGAGGAUGGACCAAAGAGAUACACUAUUGGCCGGACUCUGAUUCCUCGCUACUUCCGCAGUAUCUUCGAAGGGGGGGCCACAGAGCUCUACUAUGUGCUCAAGCACCCCAAGGAGUCCUUCCACAACAACUUCGUCUCGCUGGACUGCGACCAGUGCACCAUGGUCACCCAGCACGGCAAGCCCAUGUUCACCCAGGUGUGUGUGGAGGGGCGGCUGUACCUGGAGUUCAUGUUCGAUGACAUGAUGAGGAUAAAGACGUGGCAUUUCAGCAUCCGCCAGCAUCGAGAGCUCAUCCCCCGCAGCAUCCUUGCCAUGCAUGCACAGGACCCCCAGAUGCUGGACCAGUUAUCCAAGAACAUCACCCGCUGUGGGCUCUCAAACUCCACACUCAACUACCUCCGACUCUGUGUAAUCCUAGAACCAAUGCAGGAGCUCAUGUCACGGCACAAGACUUACAGCCUCAGUCCCCGGGACUGCCUCAAGACUUGCCUCUUCCAGAAGUGGCAGCGGAUGGUCGCUCCGCCUGCGGAGCCGGCGCGGCAGCAGCCCAGCAAGCGCCGGAAAAGGAAGAUGUCGGGGGGAAGCACCAUGAGCUCUGGCGGGGGAAACACCAACAACAGCAACAGCAAGAAGAAGAGCCCAGCCAGCACCUUUGCCCUGUCCAGUCAGGUACCUGAUGUGAUGGUGGUAGGCGAGCCCACGCUGAUGGGGGGGGAGUUUGGGGAUGAGGACGAGCGGCUCAUCACCCGGCUGGAGAACACACAGUUCGACGCCGCCAACGGCAUUGAUGAUGAGGACAGCUUCAACAACUCGCCGGCACUGGGGGCCAACAGCCCCUGGAACAGCAAACCACCCUCCAGCCAGGAGAGCAAGUCAGAGAACCCCACGUCGCAGGCGUCACAGUAACGGCCCCCCCGCCGCCCCGUGGACUCAGUCCCAACCGAUCUACCUGUACAUUUGCAACGGAGAGUGACUGGGAAGCGGCGAGGUACUGGGGGCGGAUCAGCCCUCCGCAGACGGUGGGGUGCACGGCGCGGGGUGCGCGCCAGGCAGGCAGCCCCAGCCCUCUCCCCGCACCGCCUCCACACUCCCCCCAUGCCUGCCUCCCCACCAGACCCCAGGGCAGGGGUGGGUUUCUGAGGCCGUAGCUUCCUUAUUGCCCCUUCUGCCUCUUCCUCCCUGUUUCUUCCCCAGAGAGCUUCUCAUCCCUGCCCUGAUGUGCCCAGCCCCUGCCUGCUGAGCCAGGGGGAAUUAGGAGGGAGGUGUCAGCAGUGGCUGACGUGUCCAGGAAGCCAGCGGUGUGCAGAUGCUGUGUGUUGGGGUCUGGCACAGCCCAGAGACCCUCCUCCUCUUCCUCCCUGGGUCCUAUGACUGGGGUUUGCUGGGCAGCCACCUGCAGCAGGGUUGCACAUCCCCAGCCCAGUCUGAGUCUGGGUGGGGAGGCUGGUGAUGGAAAGAGCCUUCCCUGUGCUGCCGGCUCUGCCACGGAGCCUCCUCCAGCUGGGAUCGGAUCCUGCUGCACUGGGGUGGUGUCCAGGAUUGGGCCCCGUCGCAUUUCCCGCUCUCCUGCCCCCUCCCCUUCCCCUCGCUCCCCGGGGCGAGAGCGCAGCAGGGCCAUGAGGGGACUCUGUAUAUAGGAAGUGCAUGGUGGGGGGCUUUUGGGGCUUGACGGGGGCACAGAGGACCUGCGGCUCUGCCAGAGAAGCCACUGCCCUCGGUCCCUGCCUGCAGCCCCUGCGUUUCCCCCCACCCUGUGUGAGUCCGCCUGGGGCCCCUUUGCAAUCCCCAGCUGCCUGUACCUCCUUUGUCUUUUUUUAAGAAAAAAAAAAAAUAAUAUUAUUAAACUUGUAAGUUUAAAAAAAGAAAAAAAAAUUGAAAAGCUCCCCCCACAGCCCCCUCGCUGGUUCCCCCCUCCCUGCCCCAAGCCCUCUUACCCUGUCCUGACUUUUGUACAGGCUUUUUCUCUUGGGAGUCUCGUUUUAUAUCCAGUUCGGAGAGCUUCAAACCAAGGAGAGACUUUGCAGACUUCCUUUCUAAUCCCUCCAUGGGCCGGGGGGGCAGCCCCCCGCCUCCCGCCUCAAUGUAAAUCUUGUGUGCUGUUGUCCCUGCUCCCCCUCCUCGGGUUCGUGUACCUCGUGCUUGUACAUUUCCGCGCUGUAGACAGUGUGUACGAUACUGUUCUUUCAAUGUGUUAUCACUAGAGCAGGUGCCUCCAUUGAUGUUAGGGGAAAUGAUGAAAAAAGUAAUAAUUUUGGGGGGUUUUUUGGUUUAAAAAAAAAAAAAAAGAAAAAAAAAAUCACUUCCAAGGCUUCUUCCAAGGAGAAGACGAGAGGUGCCAGGGGAGGGCGUUUGUGCUCACCAGCUCACCCCAGCAGCCUCGGAGGAGGGUUUUGGGGGGAGCUGGGGGUCUGGGCUGCCUGUGGGCACCCCCUGGCACGACCCCGAGGUGGGGUUGCAGCGAGCACUGCCACGGGGGUCGUCGGGGUGGGGGUAUGUGUGUAAGAGUGCGUGUGCGAGAGGUUUGUGUGUCUGUCUGUGUGUGUGUAAGGGAGCCUGGGGCAGGAGGAGCAGCCCUGCAGUUCAGGGGAGAGGGGGGGUACACCUCCAGAAGCCCUCCAGUCCCCACUGGGGAUCCCACAGCAUGUGUCCCACUGCCUUGUGGGACUGCCCCCCCGUGUGGUGCUCUGCCUACAGCAGAGGGAUUGCCUGCAGCCUGCAUCUUGCCCACCUGUGGCUGAGACUGCAAGGGCUGGCCGAGCUGGGGACACACACACCUCCACUGUCCCCCCUCUUUCUGCUGUCACUGGGGUCAGGCUGGGAGACAGGGCCCCCUUGGCUGAGCCUUGGCCUGAUUUCAAGCCCAAAGUCCCUGAGAGGUGCCUGCAUCGGCUCCUUGGCCCCUCCACGGGCAGCCUGGAGGCAGAGGUCUCAGCCCUGUGGACCCCCAGGGGUGUCCCUACGGCGCCUUUGCAGGUGGGGGGGGAGGCUCCAGGGCUGGGAGCCCGGCAUGGUGGGGAGGGGGGGCUCUGCUUUGCAAUUAAGGUACGAUUCUCGCCACCGCACUGCUGGACUCCUGUGAAGGGUGCAGAGCCCCUCGCUGCCCCUGCCCCCCCCGGGCACAUUGUAAUGCCUUUUUCUUUCUUUUUUUUUUUUUUUUUUUUUUUUUCUUCCUCCCCUCCAUAGUUUGUGCCAUUUAUGAGUCAUGUAUGGUACCAAUAAAAUGACUUUUCAGUUU